UACGUAGCGCCUACUCCACGUGACUGGCGGGUUGGAAAAGUUGCUGUGAGGACCUGCUACUGCUCUUCCAUCGAGACGCAGCUGUGGCGCGCUAGUAGUCUAGCACUGCGAGAGUUUGAGGCGCUCUGUCUUUCUUUGAAAUACGACUGUUGAACGAAAUUAGGCUACUUCUAUGUCAAAAAGGACAUGCUCCCUUUUACUUUGAUUGGAUAACAGGAACGACUUUGCAAGUGAAAGUUCAUGGACUCACGGUGAUAUCCUUUGAGGCUUUGACGCUUGAACCACACGUGAAACAGUCGCCUAACAAGAAAGGAGAGCUGACGAACUCCUCUCCAUCUACCCUCUCUCUCUGCGACUCUCCCCCUCCCCCAAGAUGAGUGCCAAGUCAGCCAUCAACAAGGCGGUGUUCACGCCCCACGAUGAGAAGAUGCUUGCAGCCGUGCAGGUGAAGAGGAGGACCAAGAAGAAGAUCCCCUUCCUGGCUACUGGAGGACAGGGAGACUACAUGACCUUCAUCUGCCUCUCAGUGACUAAUAAGAAGCCUUCCCAUGUGUCCAUCACCAAGGUGAAGCAGUUCCCAGGUUCAUCGUCCUUCGCCAAGAGGUCAAUGUGGACCAUCGACCAGCUGAGACAGGUCAACGGCUGUGACCCCAACAAAGACUGUCCAGAGUUUGACUUGGCAUUUGACAAUGCCUUUGACCAGUGGGUGGCUGGCUCGGCCGGCGAAAAGUGCACCUUUAUCCAGAUCCUCCACCACACCUGCCAGCGCUACAGCUCUCAGAGCAAGCCAGAAUUUGUCAACUGUCAGUCCAAACUGCUGGGAGACGAUGAAACUGUAGAUUCAGUCGUUUUCCGUUGCAAGGUCUUUUUGAGCAGAAUGAGGAAAGAAGUUGUUUUAAACAGUCGACGCCAAGGUCGCCGGCUACUCUUAGAAGGUAACAGUAUACUCCACUCUGCAGCAGACAGUGUGACCAGUGCUGUACAGAAGGCCAGCCAGGCUCUGAACGAGCGAGGGGAGCGGUUAAGCCGGGCGGAGGAGAAAACAGGGGAGAUGAAGAACAGUGCUGAGCAGUUCUCAGUCACCGCACACAAGCUGGCCAUGAAGCACAAGUGUUAAACCAUUGCUAAGCCUUCGGGAGUAGGGUUCCGCCAAGAGCGCCAGACGCCAUUAAGGACGGAUUUCUGAUUUUAUUAUUCUUACAACUUUUAACAUGCUUACUCUUGUUAACAACGGUAACAUUUACAUUUUGUGUUGUUGUGUAGCUACCUUGUUUCUAAUGAAGAAUAUAUGAUGACGUUGAGGGGGGAGAGCUCAGACAGUUAAGAGCAAAAGUUUCACAGCCUCCAUUGCCCCCAAAGUACUCCAUGACUUUACGUAGGCAAACCAUGGAAAUGGUCACUGCCAUCCCCAACCUAGACAAACACACACACACACAUUCCCCCCCCCCCCCCCCCCCCCCCCCCCCCCCCCCCCCAAAAAAAGGACCAACUCUUCAACUCCGCUGUCUCUCUCAAAGAAGUAACUUAAUAUAUAUACAGUGCUGGAAAAGGAGAAUUUAACAAGACAGAAGAGAUUGGAUGACGUGACACAUGCGUAUCACAUGAUGGCUAUUUCCUGUACUUGGAGACAACAAUGUACAUCCCUGUAUGUGAACAUUAACUUGUUAAACAAAUGUUAGAUCUCUUUUGCCAUUUGACUAUUUGGCAUCACACUGUUGUAAAGGCUCAUUGGUGCAUUCAUUCAUUGCAGACAUAGUACUAGCCAAAUGUGUGACGGACAUGUUGCUUCAAAAACCUCCUGCUGGAAGACUAUAUUUCAACUAAGAUGGUAUGAAAUGGGCUGUUUUCCAACUAAAAAGUCUGAGUGACCAAGUGUUCAGGUGCAUGGUCUCUGUCAAAAGGUUGAAUGAAACCUACAGAGUAAAGACGAGCAUUUAGGCUUUACUUUUGGUAACAUUUCCGAAGGGUUAUUGAAGCACUUGGUUGUAAGGACAAGAUCAGACUGUUUAUUGUAAGGUGAAAGACUACAGUGCCAUUGUAAAUUAGCUUCAACUGUUGUUAACAAGCUUAUAGACCUGUAAAUUCAUUCUACCACAAUCUCUGAAAAUAAUAUUUCCAUUCUAACUUGGUCACAUCUUGUAAUUCUUGUUUAAUUGGGGUUUAUGAAAUGUUUUCUGUAAAACAGCUGACUGACAUGUCUUCACUAGCGGCAUUGUACAGUAUUGGUGUCCAUUCACUGACUGUGUAACCGUGGCUUCAUCACAAACAAGUAACCACCCACAGUGUGGGUAUGUUUAUUACUUUUAGAUUCUAUAUGUCUUGCUGUUACAGUGCACGGACAACCUUACCUUGCAGAGCACUGUUAAGUUCUUAAUGAAAUUCUCGUUGCCUCAACUUCUAGUCUGCUUUAGUCCUAACAUUUUGGAUAUUCAUUGUUUUUAAUAAAAAUAUUGAAACUAUGUAUUAUGGUUCUGAAAGUUUGGGGGGUUUUUGCUAGUGCAAGCCCCUUAGUUGGUCUCAGUGAAUACGUUUAUUAUCCUUCAUUUUUCAUAGGACCAGAUGAGGUCCCUAAACAAAGUGCAAUGGUUCUAUAUUGGUGCCUUUUUAAACAGUCUUUUAUUAGUUCUUCAACAGCAUGUGGUUUUACUUGAGCAGUCUGAUUGUGUUAUGACAACACUCGUGGUAACCCAGGCGAACAGUGCCUUGCUAUAUUGAUAACCAAAGGGAGAAAGUAAAGUAUGUUUUGUACCAGGUUUGAAAGAGGGUGUUGCUUAAGAUGUAUGGUGCUUGUUGGAAGUGAAUUGUGUGAGGAAUACAGAAGAAGAAAAGGCUGAAUAGGUGGUUAUUACAGAAUGAAUAGGUGGUUAUUACAGAAUGAAUAGGUGGUUAUUACAGAAAUAAUAGGUGGUUAUUACAGAAUGAAUAGGUGGUUAUUACAGAAUGAAUAGGUGGUUAUUACAGAAAGAAUAGGUGGUUAUUACAGAAAGAAUAGGUGGUUAUUACAGAAAGAAUAGGUGGUUAUUACAGAAAUAAUAGGUGGUUAUUACAGAAUGAAUAGGUGGUUAUUACAGAAAGAAUAGGUGGUUAUUACAGAAAGAAUAGGUGGUUAUUACAGAAAGAAUAGGUGGUUAUUACAGAAUGAAUAGGUGGUUAUUACAGAAUGAAUAGGUGGUUAUUACAGAAUGAAUAGGUGGUUAUUACAGAAUGAAUAGGUGGUUAUUACAGAAUGAAUAGGUGGUUAUUACAGAAUGAAUAGGUGGUUAUUACAGAAUGAAUAGGUGGUUAUUACAGAAUGAAUAGGUGGUUAUUACAGAAUGAGUAGGUGGUUAUUACAGAAUGAGUAGGUGGUUAUUACAGAAUGAGUAGGUGGUUAUUACAGAAUGAUUAGGUGGUUAUUACAGAAUGAAUAGGUGGUUAUUACAGAAGGUCUCAAUACUAGUCAAAUCUAAUACAGACAAACACCAUUAUUUUCAAUUAAACAUAACAGACCAAUACGUUUUAGUUUGAAUGUAACAUAUUGAGUUAUUUCAAAACAUCCGUCUCGUUGUCUAUAUCAGAUUGCAUACCAUCUAAAUAAAUAGAAAUUGUCUCAA